ACUUUAAUAAGCUGCAUAGCAAAGCACAUAUAGAUAGGAGGAUGAUAUAACACCAACACCAACACGCAGGCCGAGGCUCACCAUUUCCACAGAACCAUGUGCACCUUAGAGAAGCGUGGAAACCUCUUCUUCCUCACUCUCACCGGCGACGACGACCACCGUCUAAGUCCGGCCGUCAUCGAUUCCCUCAUCUCCUCUCUCUCUCAGGUCGCCUCCCAAGCCACCCGCGGUUCCGCCCUCAUCACCACCGCACAGGGCAACAGGUUCUUCUCCAAUGGCUUCGAUCUCGCCUGGGCCCAAUCCGCAGGCUCCAAAUCAGUCGCCGCGGACCGUCUCAACCAGAUGGUCGUCUCCUUCAAACCGGUUGUCGGAGCUCUUCUCUCUCUUCCGAUGCCAACCAUCGCCGCCUUACCCGGCCACGCCGCUGCCGGAGGAUUCCUCUUCGCUCUCUGCCACGAUUACAUCCUCAUGAGGAGCGAUAGAGGUGUGCUGUACAUGAGCGAGGUGGACUUGGGGCUUCCGUUCCCGGAUUACUUCACGGUGGCGAUGAGGUCGAAGAUCGGAUCGGUGUCGGCUCGGAGGGAUGUGAUGCUGAGAGGGAUGAAGAUCAAGGGCGAGGAAGCUGUGAGGAUGGGGAUCGUGGAUUCGGCGCACGAUAGCGCGGAGAGCACGGUGGAGGCUGCGGUGCGCUUGGGGGAGAAGUUGGCGUCGAGGAAGUGGGACGGUGAAGUGUACGCCGAGAUUAGGAAGGGGUUGUACCCGGAGUUAUGUGGCGUGCUUGGAUUGGCUGCCAAAGUCAUUACUCCGAAUCUUUGACAACAAAUUUUUUUUUUUUUAAUUUUUAUUUUAUUUUAUUUUUUUGUUUUCAGUUCCAUCUCGGAAAUAAGACUUUUAUACUGAGGCCUUUCCUCGUACAGGUAACGUACAAUCAUAAUGAGUUUAUUAGAAAGCCACUCUUUUGACUACGGAAAAUUCUUUCUUUGGAUAAAAUCUUCCUUGAGUCUUAUUUUGAGGCUGUGCAUAACUCCCGAGUUACCAGUGAGUGGUAUUAUUGGACUGAUCCUAUGGUGGGAAAUGUUCUUCAUUUUAGAUAAUGAAACCAUUCCAUGACCUUGUCUUCUCGGAUUCCAGCUUUUUACGUGUGUAGUUCCCGUUCCCUAUUCGUCCUGGUCCCUGUGAAAGGUCCAGUCGAUGGGAAAGGAAUUCUGGCAAGGGAAAUUCGGCAAACAAGUGAUAGGGAUAAGGCAAGUCUCCCCCGGAAAGGAACUGGAAAAGCUCAAAAAAGCACUCUUGAGCUUGACCUUUCAGUUUUCCUCUAUGUACCGGUCCUGAAUUCCAAACCCAAAUAAACCGGGGAAGCUGCGACCCAUUACACAGUGCUAAACAGAAACGGUUUACAAAACCCAAAAGGCCCAAAGGCUAACUGCCUACAAAGGGGAGAGAUAGCCGGUAAGCCUCUCUCCUGGGCAACAAAAAAAAGGCAAAAACCAGGGAAAACAAUCCAGUUUAAUAUGACCUACAAGGCUUUUUUCCUGACACCAUUUGCUGACAAAAUGGGCUACAAAACUUCUUUCUCUAGGGAUCCAUGCAAAACGAACAUCUUUGAAACAGGUUUUUAGCCGGAUAAUAGUUUCUAGAAUUCCAUCUGCCAACCAGUGGUUUGAAUGAAGGGCUUGGUCGUUUAUGUUAUCAAUGACUGUCUUAUUUUUAUCUACGAUAAUUAUCUGCUUUUAAUUGCUUUUA